AUGCCUGAGUUAACAGAGUUCCAAAGAAAGCGUCAAGAGAACAUUAAAAGGAAUAAUGAUUUACUAAAGAAACUUCAUCUUUCAGGGGUGGCAUCUCAAAUCAAACAUGAGGCCGGUGUGGUAGACAAAGCCAAGGCUCCCGUCAAAAAGAAACAAAAGACGACUAGUAUCAGGGCGAAAAAGUCUGCUAGUCCUUCUUUACCUACCAGAAGAUCAAGAAGACUGAGGGGAGAGGCUGCAGAUAAUACCAAAGGAAUACCUGACUUGAACGAUAACCAAUUGCUCAAGAUGGGCUCUCCCGAUGGCCAUGACAGGAAUUUCAUCGACGAAAUGAAAGAAAAACCGGUAAUUGGAGAUGUAAAAUUGAGUGACUUGAUAAAGGAUGAAAACGAGGAUGCCCUUUUGGAGAAGUUCAAGAGAUUCAAUAAUGGCAGUUUUUCAUCUGGCGAUUUUUUUGACGAAAUAAAAAAGAGGCAAGGGGAUGUCGUGGGCAUGGACGAAUUUGAUUUGGAUUUGUACGAUGUUUUUCAACCUAAUGAGAUCAAGGUCACUUACGAAAGGAUCUCAGCCACAUACUUCCAUCCUGCCGUAGAAAAGAAGCUGAUCAUUGCAGGUGACACCGGUGGCACCGUCGGCUUUUGGAACGUGAGAGAUGAACCCUUAGGUGAUAGUGAAGAAGAUCGAAUCGAAGAGCCUGAUAUCACCAGGGUGAAACUGUUCACGAAGAACGUCGGCCGUAUUGAUUGCUUCCCAACAAAUACAUCAAAAAUUCUGCUGACCUCGUAUGACGGGAGCAUCAGGUCUGUUCACCUGAACAAUUUAAAAAGCGAAGAGGUGCUCACUUUAAAAAAUGAAUAUGAUGAUCCACUAGGAAUCAGCGAUUGCCAGUUUAGUUACGAGAACCCGCAUGUUUUGUUCCUUACUACACUGGGUGGUGAAUUUACCACUUUUGACACGAGAGCAAAAACUUCAGAGUACAAACUGCGAAGACUGGCCGACAAGAAGAUAGGGUCUAUGGCCAUAAACCCGCUAAGGCCCUACGAGAUUGCCACCGGGUCUCUCGACAGAACACUCAAGAUCUGGGACACGAGAAACCUUGUGGAGAAGCCGGAGUGGUCCCAAUACGAAGACCACCCCAGCCACGAAAUCGUUUCCACCUACGACUCGAGGUUAAGCGUCUCUGCGGUUUCGUACUCCCCGACAGACGGGACCCUGGUAUGCAACGGCUACGAUGACACUGUCCGUCUGUUUGACGUCAAGAGCAGUGGUAGCCUCGUCACAGACCUGCAGCCCAAAUUGACCAUCCAGCACAACUGCCAAACGGGGAGAUGGACCAGCAUCCUUAAGGCUAGAUUCAAGCCGAACAAGAAUGUGUUCGCCAUCGCCAACAUGAAGCGCGCUAUCGACAUUUACAACAGCGACGGCCAACAAUUGGCCCACUUGCCCACAGCCACUGUCCCUGCCGUGGUCAGUUGGCACCCACUGCAGAACUGGAUUGCCGGUGGGAACUCCAGUGGAAAGAUCUUCCUCUUCUCCGAUGACUCGCAGGCCAUAAAGCAGGAACAAUAA